UGCUAAACACUGAUUGGAAAACAGUGCCUUGCUCGUGCUGUGUUUUCUUUUAUUAAAAAGUUAGUUUAAUUAAUUAAACAGCCAAUGGCAAACUUACGCGAUGCCUCAGAUAAAGCGCUAAAGCUGUUGCGCACUUUACCACGCGUACAAAUUGGCAAUCUGCGUCCCAAUCCCAACUCUAAGAAACCUGAUAAGCGUGGGCGUGCUCAACAUGGUGGUGAUAAACACGGCGCUGGUAAUAAAGGCUCUGGACAGCGUCAGAACUUUAUGCGUCUGGGCUAUGAAACAGGCAAUCAGCCCUUCUAUCUGCGUUUUCCAUACGAGCCCUACUACAAGGGACACCACAUGCGUCGCCAGUAUCCACCACUGUCGCUGCUUCAGCUACAGGUGCUCAUUGAUACCAACCGCAUAGACAUUAGUCAACCCGUUGACAUUACCACAUUGUGCAAUUCCGGUUUACUAACGCUGAAACCGGCGGAGAUGGAGUAUGGCUUUCAGCUAACAGACGAGGGACUCGACAAUUUUAAGGCGAAGAUUAAUAUUGAAGUGCAGCAUGCCAGUGAGGCAGUUAUAGCUGCUGUUGAGCGCAACGGUGGUGUCAUACGCACCGCCUACUACGAUCCACGCAGCUUACACAUACUGAAAAAUCCUAAGAAAUGGUUUGAGAAGGGCAUUCCCAUACCACAACGCAUGCUGCCUCCACAAGAUGCCAUUGAGUACUAUACAGAUGCUAAGAAUCGCGGCUAUCUGGCUAAUCCAGAGGAGAUCAGCAAGGAACGUUUGGUGCUGGCCCAAAAAUAUGGCUACGAACUGCCCAAAAUUGAGGAGGAUGCUAGCUAUGAAAUGCUUACAGCUGCUAAGGAUGCGCGACAGCUGUUCCUUGGCCUGGAGCCUGGCUGGCUGAUUAACCUGGUGGACAAAACCAUAAUUAAGGCAAAGACUACAUAAGCUUUUGUUUGUUACUACGUCUUGUUAAAUAAAGAAAAUUUAUUAUAAAAUGUC